GAGAAAGCGGGAGAGGACAAGCGGAUGGGUGCUGUGAAAUCCGUUAACAGGGGAGCUCUGUGCAUUUGUUAGACAUCUUGGCUGCUUGCCCAACUCAGCUCAUUGUAAUCGAGGCAUGAUCGUCGACUCCAGGCAGCCUUCUCCGCCGCCUCGGCUGCCUCGCGCCUGGACCCAGCCCAGCUCUCACCGCUGACAUGGAAAGACCCACCCCAAGUGACAUGAUGCCCAAGAGGGAUCAUGAGAGAGACGUGGAGCUGGACAAGAAGAUCGAGGCUCUCCGCAGGAAGAAUGAAGCGCUCAUGAAGAGGUACAAGGAGGUGGAGGAGGACAGGAAACGGGCAGAAGAGGAAGGAAUGGCGCUGCAGAGCCGCAAGGGCAAAGCUGAUGAUCUUACCAUAACAAUCACCAAGUCCACCAGUGAUAACCGCGUGGUGGUGACGAAGCCAUUUAGCGGUGGUUCACCAGCUGGAAAAGGUCAACCUGAGGCCGGGCCCGACUCGGGGGAAGAAGGCCCACCGCAGGCUGCUGGCAGAGGUCACAGGAAGCAGCUAAUGGUCACUAUGGCUGGCAAAAAGGGUAAGAGGGUGGUGAGUGAGAGGCCAGAGAAGAGGCCGGGCCCUGCUGACAUCAAGAGCCCUACAGAUGACGGACAGGCGAAGCGCGUGGAGUCAGCGGGGAGGGGGAAGCAGCCACCUCACGUGACCAAGAGAGACGCAGCAGCUCAGGAUGAGGUUAAACAAGGGCAAAAGCGCACAGAGGAGCAUCACAGGCUUUCAGAGCAAUGCCAGGAGCCUGAGAGCCAGCAGGCCAGCACAGACCUCAACAUCCCCACAUCGAAAGAGGAGCAGGAGGAGUAUCUGCGGUGGAAGAAGGAGCGCGAGCAGAUUGAUCGGGAGAGAGUGGCACGCCACAAAAACGCCAAGGGCCAGUGGAGACGGGCGUGGGACAUGGACAAAACUGAGAACAUGUUUUCAGACAAAUCCCUCCCUGACAGAGACUGGGGGCCUUCCAGCCGAGGUGGACGAAAUGCUAGAAGAGGACAAUCCAGGGCAGGUACUGAUUCAAGAGGUCAUGAGAAGCGAGGCAGAGACAAGGGAGCUAAAAACGUGCUGGUGAUGAGCAGUAAAGCAAAAGGCAUAGAUCGUCUGACUGGGAGAGCCAGGAGGUGGCAGGCCAAUGAAGAAGGAGAGAACCAGCAGACGUCUGACACGACAUUAGAGGAGUUCUUGGAGGAACUUGACGCCCUCACAGAUGCUGAGGUAGAAGAUCAGAAAGAUCAGGACUCAAAAACGAAGCUGUCCCCCAGCCCAGAUUCACUGAGUACAUCUGAGGCCUCGUCCCCUCGGGGCUCAGAGAAAAAAGUUCGCUUCUCAGAGGAACUCGUCCAGGGGGCUCACACAAGGCAGGCCACAGGCUCUCAGGACUCUGCCAGCUCAGAAUCAAGAAGUCUGAGCUCCUUAAAAGCUUCCUCACCUAAAAAAAAACAAGGGCCGCAGCAGCCUCUUGAAAGUGCCACGCAGGAUGAUGGUGGUCCUCAGGAUCAGGGAGGUGGUCCGUCUGCACAUCCUGUUGCCCAGCAGCAGGCAUCUGAAACUGAAUGUACUAGAAAAGACAGCAACCCCCCCACAGCUCCCAGCUCCCCCUCCCCUGAAAAAGCCUGUGCCUCUCUACAGGAGAGCUCUGUCCAGCCUGUAGAGCUUGCCAAGUGCAGCAUCAGCAACACAAACACAGAGGAACUAAUAGACUCCGGACUGUCUGUCCUGAGCCUGGAGUCAGGAGAAACACACCCAACACACUCCACCAGCAGUGACAAGGCAAGAGAGCACGGGAAGAUCGUCUGACAUUUUCGGGAUGUAAAUACUGAAACCAAAUCACAGAAACGCAGAGCCAAGCCUCUUCCUCUUUCAUUUUGCUUCGGGUUGCUCAUUUGAGGCACCCUGUUUAUGGCUUACACACAAAACCAUGGUUUAUUUUUGCUGUGGCGUGUCCCACCUGUGGAA